AUGGUUCCCAUACUCACUGAAGUCAACUAUGUGUUUGAGCUCAAAAAGAUAAAAGACAUUACCGAGCUACCGUUUCCCAUUAGACAGGAUGAACCACUAAAAGAGGUUUUGAGUAUCGAUCAGAAAACAAAAGACCACCAUGUUCCAAGAGAUCCAGAGCUGUUAAGACUGACAGGAUCGCAUCCAUUUAAUUGCGAGCCUCCCCUGUCAAAGCUUUAUGAUUCAGGGUUCUUGACUCCAGUUAAUUUGCAUUUUGUGAGAAAUCAUGGUCCAGUGCCACAAGUUCCUGACCAGAGUAUCAUGGAUUGGGAAAUUUCAAUCGAAGGUAUGGUCGAUAAACCUUAUAAGCUCAAACUGUCGGAAAUCAUUGAGAGCUUUGAUAUUUAUACGGUUCCUAUCACGCUUGUUUGUGCUGGUAACAGAAGAAAGGAGCAAAAUAUGGUCAAGAAGGGUACUGGUUUCAACUGGGGUGCUGCAGGAACGUCUACUUCGCUAUGGACAGGUUGCAUGUUAGGCGAUGUGAUAGCCAAAGCAAAGCCUCACAAGAAAGCUAGAUACAUUUGGAUGGAAGGUUGCGAUUCUCCUGCAAAUGGAGCCUACGGAACUUGUGUCCGGCUCCAUUGGGCAAUGGAUCCUGAAAGAUCUAUUAUGGUUUCAUAUAAGCAAAAUGGAGAAUGGCUGCAACCAGAUCAUGGAAAACCAUUGCGCGUUGUUAUUCCUGGUGUUAUUGGGGGACGGUCUGUGAAAUGGUUAAGAAAGCUUAUUGUCAGCGACCGUCCAUCCGAGAAUUGGUACCAUUAUUUUGAUAACAGAGUGCUGCCAACAAUGGUUACUCCUGAAAUGGCCAAGAGUGAUGACAGGUGGUGGAAGGAUGAGCGGUAUGCAAUUUACGAUCUCAAUCUGCAGACCGUGAUUUGCAAGCCUGAAAACCAGCAGGUCGUGAAGAUCUCAGAUGAAGAGUUCGAGAUAGCUGGCUUUGGUUAUAAUGGAGGAGGCAUCAGAAUUGGAAGAGUUGAAAUAAGUUUGGAUAAGGGAAGGACAUGGAAGCUGGCUGACAUAGAUUAUCCUGAAGAUCAAUACCGGGAGGCUGGUUACUUCCGGCUUUUUGGUGGACUUGUGAACGUCUGUGAUCGAAUGAGCUGUUUAUGCUGGUGCUUCUGGAAGCUAAAGGUGCCGAUAUCCGAGCUUUCUGACGCAAAAGACAUUGUUGUGCGUGGUAUGGAUGAGCGAAUGGUGGUCCAACCAAGGACAAUGUAUUGGAAUGUUACCUCCAUGUUGAAUAAUUGGUGGUACAGAGUUGCCAUCAUUAAAGAGGGUGAUUCUUUAAGAUUUGAACAUCCAGUGGUUGCUAACAAGCCGGGAGGAUGGAUGGACAGAGUCAAAGCCGAAGGUGGUGACAUCCUGGAUGAAAAUUGGGGCGAGGUUGCUGAUUUUGCGCAAACCAAAGAGAGGAAACCAAUCGUUGACGAGGAUAUUGAAAUGAUGUGCAACCCAGACAAAAUGAACGUGAUAAUUUCCAAAGCAGAAUUUGAGUCUCAUCAAAAUAACGAUAAAGAACCAUGGUUUGUGGUCAAGGGACACGUGUUUGACGGAACAUCUUACCUGGAUGAUCAUCCAGGAGGAGUUCAAUCCAUUGUGAUGGUGAGCGGAGAAGAUGCUACCGAAGAUUUCAUAGCGAUCCACUCAUCCUACGCCAAGAAGCUGCUACCGCCAAUGCAUUUGGGUAUACUGGAACAGGGUGGAGUUCAAUCAUCCUCUGAAUCAUCUUCAAUUGAGAAUGUCAAGCGAGACAGUUUACUCGACCCAAAGAAAUGGCAUAAAAUCACACUUGCAGAGAAAGAGAUCAUAUCAUCUGAUUCUCGUAUAUUUAAAUUCGAUCUUGAGCAUGAGGAUCAGCUUAUCGGCCUUCCUACCGGUAAGCAUUUGUUCUUGCGGCUGAAAGAUGCAUCUGACAAGUUUGUCAUGCGUGCAUACACUCCAAAGUCUUUAAAGAGUUUGAAGGGCAGACUGGAAAUUUUGAUCAAAGUUUAUUUCCCCUGUCCAGAAUAUUCAAAUGGAGGUAUUAUGACGAAUCUUAUCGAAAAACUAGCAAUUGGAAGCACCAUUGAAGUUAAAGGUCCUGUUGGUGAGUUUGAAUACCUUAAAUGUGGGUCUUGUACUUUCAAUGAAAAACCGUAUCAAAUGAAGCAUUUUGUCAUGAUAUCGGGUGGAUCAGGUAUCACACCUACAUAUCAGGUGAUCCAGGCGAUCUUUUCUGAUCCAGAAGACAGAACGAGUGUCAGACUAUUUUUCGGAAACAGGACGCUCGACGACAUUUUAUUGAAACAAGAGCUGGACGAACUCGCUCAAAAACAUCCUGAGCAGUUUAAGGUUGAUUAUGCUUUAUCUGAUAUGAGAAAUAUUCCUCAAGAUUGGAGAGGCCUCACAGGAAGACUUAGCUAUGAUCUGCUCGAUAGCUAUGUCUCCAACUGGUCUACAGGAGAGUACAUGUUGCUGGUUUGUGGACCACCUGGAAUGAACAAUUCCGUGGAAUCCUGGUGCAAAGAGCGUAAUAUUGAUAAGCAGUACGUGGUAUAUUUUUAA